UGUUUUCGACAGCACGUGAAGGCAGCACAGCAUUGCUUUACUGUGGCCGAGCGAGUAGUAGCUAGCCUCUUCAACAAAACAAAAGUUACGUUUGGGGUGCAAAGCGUUAUUUUAACGUCUGUACUAAUGUAUCCACUCGGUUAGACCACAGAGUUUUCGUAACGUCAGGACUGAGUGUUGGUUUCUUGUGCUUGUUUGUCAGUGUACAUAUAGCUAAAUAAACGUCCAGGUCAAAUCUGGGAGACUGAGCCGAUGGAGCGCAGUUUGUAUGGAUACAGAUGAGGCACGAUGCUAGCUAGCUAACUAACUAGCUACGAAGGAAAUGGUGAGUGCCGACGUUAUCCACUGAAGAAUAGCAACGGGAAGUCGAUUCACUGACAUGGAGGGCAACGGCGAGAUCAGUGACACUGACAGUGGCAUCAUCCUUCAUUCAGGUUCUGACAGCCCAAUGACGCAUAUGAAGGAUGUGACCACGCACACACGGGCCAUGAAGCUCAAACAUCAGGCUCUCCAAGAGCGAUUGGAGAUCUGCCUACUGGAGCUGAAGAAACUCUGCAUCCGAGAAGCAGAGUUGACAGGCCGGCUGUCAGAUGAUUACCCUCUGCUGCCAGGAGAGAAGCCUCCGCAGAUUCGCAGACGUAUUGGAGCUGCGUUUAAACUGGACGAACAAAGCAUGCCUCAAGGAGCAGAGGAGUCAGAACUGAGUUUAGUGGAUGCUGAGUUGGCGCUUCAGAUGAAGAUAUAUGAGGCAGCGCGCAAGCUCUGCGAGGAGAAUCACAUGAGUAAGGCUGUUAGAAGGAGCCGGUUACAGCAGUGCAAAAGAGAGGAGAAAAAACUCAAACGGCUACAAGAGACAGCCUUUCAGCUACGACUGGAGCACGGUCGAUCAUCACCACUCCCUGCUUUUAAUAUUGCACAACACGAUCUGGGUACAUCUGAUGACAGCUCUCUGUCUGAUUCUGUAGUGCAAGAUGAAGAAGUGACAAGUCAGUCGUCGCAUUUGUCGUCAGGACUCGCCUAUCCAGGAGAGACCGAUCCUCCCCAGCCCGCCCCUGGAUCCUCACAGUCCUUCAUAGACGGCUCCUACAUCUCUCCAUCUGUGGCUCCACAGACCCUGCCGCUGACCCCAAGCCAGUCUCCCCAUCCGAGCCUUGACUCUAUGCUGAGUUUAAACUCAAGCCCCGUAUGUGAGCUUCCUCCCAUCCAGCACUCCCCGUGGUCAGAGUCUAGUCUUGACAAACCUUACCAGAAGAGCAAGAAGUCGCGCUCCUCCAGCAAGACGAGCAGUCCAGCCAAAAGUGAAUUGUUGCCACCGUUGGAGGCUUGCUUUGCUUCCCAUCUGAGGCUGAGCCGCACCCAGUCGAACAGCACGCCUUCCACACCAGAGUUGCGGGUGCACAGACAACUCUCCCUCAGGAUAUCCAACCCUGAAUCUUCAUUUGAAAAGGAUCGUGGUCGCACCAGAGGUCCAAGGAGGCGACUGACAGAAUAUGCAAUUACUUUACCAGAGACUCCUCCCCCCGCGGUGAACUAUGGAAGCCAUGUUAACUCUGAGGAUAGCAACUCCGAACACUCAUUUACAUCUUACAACAGCUCACAGUGUCAGGAAUUGCCCUGUGAUUUGCCAAAACAAUAUCAGUCUGCACUCCCGCACUCUGGCCCAGUAGGCAGCUAUGAUUUGCCAAAACAAUAUCAGUCUGCACUCCCGCACUCUGGCCCAGUGGGCAGCUAUGGACCUCAAGUCUUCCCACGCACUGGCUUUUACCAUAAUCCCAGGCACCAGUCCAGCCAUAGUUUUCACCAAGCCUAUUACAAUGAAGGAAUGGUGUACCAACCUGAUCUGGACUUGGAACGGAGCUAUUACACCCAGCAGGCUCCAAGUCCUUCCAACAGAUAUGAGUACUACUAUAAAGAUGCCGCUGUGCCCCACCAGAGAGCACAGAGGCCUUUACCUCCUGAUAUCAGACUCUCCCCCUCCCCGGCUCAAUGGGACCAUCCACACUACCGCUCUAGUGGCCUCCCACAACAAGUGGUGAAUGAACAGCUCAAGUCAUGGCACUGGCGCAGUCAGCUCAAGUCCCCCAGGGCCCGCUCUCUCGACAGACAGGGAGCAGUCAGAGUUAAAAACAUGUCCACUCGGGACGUGACCCUCCACCAAAAUCAGAAGUACCAUGAACAGGUUAUCCAAAGAAGGGCUCUUCAAAGACCUGCAGAUGGCACUCAAGGGCACUGGGUUGUAGAUGAUGGGUCUCACUUUAUUCCUGUCUGCCCUAUUUGGACAUAUAGAAGGAGGAUGAAAAAACCGGAACAUCUUACAAUAUAAUGCAAUCUAGUGCAACAAUAAUUACGGUCACCAAAUUUACUGUAAAGUUGAAUCAAACACCUGACACAGCUACAGUGAAGGUGGUUGCAGAGCGGUUGUAUAGGAUCUGGAGCACACCUGUAAAGUGUACCUGUUUAUGUCCACUCUCAACAAUUACAAAAUUAAGCAUUAAACUGAAUGCUUGGUAAUAGUUACUGAGGGCUGUUUUAACCUGCGACUAAAUCUGCUGCCAGUUGAAAAAUGGUUAUUCGGUUUCUCAAAAACAAAAUCAGCACAGAGUUUCUGUGUCAUUUAAUACAGGGUUAUUUUGAUAUGUGAUGCAAUUAUGAUAUGAUAUAAGGAAAUUAAAUUGCAAUUGACAGCAAAAUGGUAGGAGAUAGCAGGAGUUCUAACAGAAAUUGGAUUGUGAGAAAUGUGAAUGUUUUUUUAAAGUAACUUUCCACAUGUAACUAACAUUUAGGUCAUUGUUGAAAUCAAUCUCAGAUGGAUUAUGAUUUAUUUCAAAAUAGUUACAUGUAAAGCCCUUAAGUAAACUGCUUUAGGUACUUAAUCAUACAACAUAGUGCUGCAUUAGAUGUGGCUAUCUGUACCUACAAACACUUCCCAAAAAUGCUCAUUUGUGUGGGGAUGCGCUCAAGAUAGUCAGAAGUUUACUUUUUUGCAGUUUGGUAGAUGGGGAAUAAAGUGCUCCCUUUUACCUCGUUGUAUGACGCAAACCCAUUCAUUGUAAAAUAAUGUAAAUGAGCAACAUAUCCUUUUUUAACUACAUUUUGUGAAUAAUGUUACCCUGAUUGUGUCACCAUGUUAAUGAACUUGAGCUGCUUAAAUUUAAGAUCCCAGUUUUGUCCUCUAUAUCAUGUACUUUUGGAGGCAAAUAUGUCUUGUUUUUAUACUUGCAUUUGUCUGUGGCUCAGCCAGUUAACUUGAACUACUAAUGGACUUAAUCAACUAUUUGAAACUAGAUAUUAAUUUGCUCACAUGAGUUAUAAAGUAGCAAAUUUAACAAAAGCAGAGUCUUAAUGCUUGGCAGCUAGCAAUUAAUGUGUUCAGUUGAAAUGUAAAUGUCCUGAGCUUUAACAAAAUCGUUAUCAGUGUCUGUGUUGGUGCCCAAGAGACGACAGAUGACAAGACACUAACCUUUUUGUUUGAACCAGUACAAUUUGAACUAUGAGGUGAACUGUAUUUGAAACAUUGCCAAUAUGUUAUUCACAAUCAAGUCUCCUAAACAAACAAGCUUUUAAAGGUAGGUCAUUUGAGAGUGAGAGCAAAUUCAACAAAAAAUACUGUUCUCUCUCACAGUGAUCUAUUUGUGUUUAUUUAUUGCGAUGUGCUCCAUCGGACCCCUGGAAAGGCAGACUUGAAAUAAAAGAAGACAUGGACCUGAGUUUGCAAAAUCCAGCAGCAGUAAAGACUGUGUCUAGUUGUAUAUAGAAAAAUAGAACACAAUCAUGUUACCUUGUGUGCCUCUUUUUUACUGUCUUUUCUAUUUAUCAGUUAUAGUAGUUUAAGUGGACCUAAUAAUAAUGUGUUAUGUUGCUGUUGAUAAAUCUGUGAAAAUGUUUUCCCUGCGGAAGAAAAUAAAGGGUAAUGUUUGCA